AACAAUGCGUUGCACUUUCACAAAAACAAAACAAAAAGACUGUGAUAAACUGUGAUAAAAGUUCAGCAAAAAACGUGUAAGCAAAUAAAAGUCUGUUAAAAAGUGUUGGAAAACUGGAUACGUCAAUUGAUUUAGUUGCUUUCAGAGCGAAGUUGGAGCGAGUCGAGCGAAAGUUUAACUGGUCCGUUGGGCGCAUUUUCAUUUCUGUAUCAAAUUUUGCAGUGCUUUUCAGGUGUUCAUUUACGGUGUGUGUUUUGUGUGAAAAAGAAGAGUUUACAUAAAUAAAAGAAGUGAAUUUAACUAAUUUCAAUUAAUAUUGAACUAAAAGUUACGUUAGAGGCGCACGGAAGAUUGAAGGAUUGCAUAAAGAUACACAAUAGUUGCUAAAGUGUUUAACGGUGCGUAAUUGUGUUGAAGAAAACCUGUCGUUGUCCAGCCUAUCGUGUCUUCUCUCCAGACUCUGUAGCUGGAAUUGUGCAUCCAAUACUUUCAUAUGUGUGUACAUACAUAAUAAAGGUUAAAUUCGUAUGUACUGCACGUAUUCGUAGUACCGUUUGUUCGUAAUACCCAACAAAGUGUUUGGGUGUAUGUUGCUGCUGAUGCACAUAAAAUCCGCUAAUCGCUUGCAAACCGGCAGACAUAUUUGAUACAUACACAUAUACAUACAUACAUUUUGCAUACGGGCAAACGCUUUUACAUAUUUUAAAAGACGAGUGCAUAAAUUUGUGUUAAAUACGUAUAGUGAAUCUCGAAAAUACGUGAAACGCACUAUUCGUCGUUGUAAAAGCAGAAGUAAACACAUUUUUAAUUCAAUAAAUUUCCAAUUGGAUUGAAAACAACUUGGAUUAUUGAGAUUUCCAACUUGACCUGCGAUAGCGGCAUAACGGCUAGAACUAUAUAGCCAUUUGGACAAACAGAAAAAAAAACAUGGCCGAAAAAUAAGUAUGUGGAUAUACUAAAAAUCUAAUGGUCAACGCGUAAAUUUGAUUACUUACUAAGUACAACACAAAGUCUAAUAAAUAACUGACGAUUAUAAAAGAACUAGAGGACGAGCGAAAGCAUAACACAAGCCAUCUACUUUUAGUACGAGGCACAUUAAAACUCUUAAACUUAACUACUAACUAACUAACUUAACUAGAAGCAGCAGCAACAGCCACAAAAUGAAUAGUCUGGUAAAGGUAUUCAGUAACUUCAGAGAGUUCUACAAUGAAAUCAAUGGUGCUACACUGACCGGUGCCAUCGAUGUGAUUGUGGUGGAACAGCCGGAUGGUGAAUUUCAAUGUUCACCCUUUCAUGUGCGCUUCGGUAAAUUGGGUGUGUUGCGGAGUCGCGAGAAAGUGGUUGAUAUCGAGAUCAAUGGUGAGCCCGUUGACAUACACAUGAAGCUGGGCGACUCCGGUGAGGCAUUCUUCGUGGAGGAGUGCCCCGAAGAGGAUGCUGAAGCGCUACCGGAGAAUAUGGCAACCUCACCCAUACCGAGCAGCUACUUCCCCAAUAAAUAUGACAAUGAUACAUUAAUGGAUGACACACUCGAGAGCAAAACAAUAAUUGCUAGCGAUGACAUACUGCCGCUGCCAUUGCCGCGUCGUAAUUCCAUUGACUUUUCAAAAGAGACCGAAAAGGAAGAUCAAGUGCCGAAAUUUGAGAAUCAAGUCUCAGAUUUUAGUCACAGAAGACACACCGACAAUACUUUGGAGCGCCGUAACCUCAGUGAAAAACUGCAAGAGUACACUACGCAGAAGCUGCGUCAAGAGUGGGCUGAGCACGAGGAAAUAUUUCAGUUCGAUGUCGUUGAGCGAGAUAAGGAAUGGAUUAACAGCACACAAACUGAGAACAAAACUCAGCAGAAAUCCAACGCAACAGAUGUCGCAACCACUCCGGCUAUCUCGGUACAGCCAGUUGACAAAGUUGAGCUUCCUGCGAAAGAUAAUAAUAAUGCAAACAAUACAACAGCUAACAACAACACAACUACAACAACCGAGGCGCUCAGCAACAAUACUAGUCCAAAGGACGAAUCCAAGGGUGGCAAGAAGAAGCGCCGCAAGAAGUCACAAAUGAAGAAAAAGAAUGCACAACGUAAGUCAUCGUCGAGCAGUUCAAUUGGCAGCACCACACCCCUAGAGGGCGCCAAUGGUAAUAACACGAAUGCCGAUGAAGGUGACGGCAUUUCCAUUUCGAAUAAUACCAACUCAUCGUCGAAUGAGGAGAUUGCCACAGCAAAAUCCAAUAACGAUCAACAGUCGGCGCCGCUAGUCUCCGCAUCGGCUGGCGAUGAGAGUCCCAUCAGUGAAACAUGCCAAACAUCACCGAUUACGCCCAGCACGCGUAUACCAGAUUUAGAUAUACAUUUCUUCAGUGAUACCGAGGCAACACCGUCGGGUGGUGCUAGCGGUUGUGUUGGACGUGGUUCGGGACGCCCCUCUACGCCCAUACAGAGUGAUAGUGAGUUGGAGAUUUCACUGCGCGAGAAGGAUGUCGAUACUGAGUUGAUGUCGAGUACAGCCUCAUGGAAGUGGGGUCAAUUGCCUACACCCGAUGUUAGCGAGAAUGUGGACGGUAGCGGCGAUCAGUCAGCGCAAACGCAGGCACAACGCAACUCAAUGUUGAGUAACAUGUUCAAUUUCAUGAAGAAAACAAAUAAGAUGCGUAAGCAGGCCACAGAUGGUGGUGUGUACUUGUCCGAUUUGGAUGCGGAGGGUAUGGAUCCGGAAAUGGCAGCGUUGUAUUUCCCACAACCACGUCUCUCGAAGCCGACCAACAAUGCCAACGCCGAUGCUGGCACAGCCACCAAUGCGCAGCUGCAAACCGGCGAUGAUGAUCGCGAGAGCGGCAAUGGCACCAGUUUGCCGCAUUCACCCAGUUCGAUGGAAGGUCAGAAGAGCGUAGACUCGGAUUACGAUGAUGGCAAGCCACAGGAUGCAAAAUAUCUGGACUUUGUGGCGAUGUCUUUAUGUGGUGUUGGUGACAAAGGCGAGCCAUCAGAUGAGGAGUUCGAUCAACAUAUGAUUAAGUAUUCUGAUGUUUGCGAAAAUCCCAGUUUGUUCUCAUCGCCAAAUCUAGUUGUACGCCUGAAUGGCAAAUACUACACGUGGGCAGCUGCAUGUCCAAUUGUCAUGACCAUAAUAACAUUCCAGAAACCACUGACUAACGACGCUAUUGAACAGCUGAUGAGCAAUGCUAAACCCGAUGAAUCGGUGAACAAGAGCGAACCUGAUGGUGCCACAGUUGGUGCAGGCGCACAAUCGAAACGUUCCUGGUGGAAUUGGAGGCGUUCACAGGUUGGCGCCGUGCCGAAUUCCACUAAGAUUGCCAAAGCGGAUGAUAAGGUGGAUGAGCGAGAUGCCAACGAUCAAGCUGCUGUGGCCACACAAACCACACGUCCCAACUCACCAGAUAUUAGUGAGAAUACACUAAGCAAAACCGACUCGACGCUCAAUGCUGAAAACACCUCAGCACAAGUUGAAAAUCUCGAGGACUUAUCGCAAGCAUCCUCGAAGGCUGAAGCAACCAGCAGUAACGGCAACAAGAAUGAACGUUACAAGAAGAGCUUGCGCCUCAGUUCGGAGGCAAUUAAACAACUCAACUUGAAGGAUGGCAUGAAUGAAAUUGAAUUCAGUGUCACAACCGCCUAUCAGGGCACCACACGCUGCAAAUGCUAUCUCUUCCGUUGGAAGCACAAUGACAAGGUGGUCAUUUCCGAUAUUGAUGGCACGAUCACCAAAUCGGAUGUGCUCGGUCAUAUUUUGCCAAUGGUCGGCAAAGAUUGGGCACAAUUGGGUGUGGCACAAUUGUUUUCGAAAAUCGAACAAAAUGGCUAUAAGCUAUUAUAUUUAUCUGCACGUGCCAUUGGACAAUCACGUGCCACACGUGAAUACUUACGUUCCAUACGUCAGGGUGAUGUUAAAUUACCGGAUGGGCCAUUGCUGCUCAAUCCCACAUCGCUUAUAUCGGCAUUCCAUCGUGAGGUGAUCGAACGCAAGCCGGAACAAUUUAAAAUCGCUUGCCUCUCCGACAUACGUGAGCUCUUCCCCGACAAGGAUCCCUUCUAUGCCGGCUAUGGCAAUCGCAUCAAUGAUGUAUGGGCCUAUCGCGCUGUUGGCAUACCAAUUAUGCGUAUUUUCACCAUCAACACCAAGGGCGAAUUGAAGCAUGAGCUUACACAAACAUUCCAGUCAUCCGGUUACAUCAACCAGUCGCUCGAAGUCGAUGAGUACUUCCCGCUAUUGGAUGUCAACGUCUAUGAGUAUCGCACCGACACCUUUGACGAUGACGAGGAGGAGGAGGACGAAUUGAAAUUCAGUGAAUCGGAUGAUGGCAUUGAACUCGAUGCAGAUGACGUUUAUAACGAUGAUUACAAUGAAAAGGCUGAUGCCGCGGAGCAUGAUCUGCUAAUGCGACUAGAUAACGGCAAAAUAACACAUACGGAGCGAAUAUUUGCGCAGGCGCGCAAUAGCGUAGUUACAGCUGGCUUCUCUGCGGUUGGCACAAGUCACUGACUUCAUUAUUCUGAGAUCAUCCGAGUCUUCCAAAGAUAUUAAUUAAAGGAAAUUAUGAAGAGAAAAAAAAUUUUUGGUGUAACAAAAAAAAAAUUAGAAUACACCCACGUUGAUGCUGAGCAAUGUAUGCUCAAAUUGAUUUGAUUGUGAUAAUUGUGAUCUAGUUUUGCACAUAUGUAUAUGUAUGUCAGUAAUUCUACAAUGCAAAUGUGAUAUUGUGCUAAUCACACAGUUUAGACUGCAGCGCUGUGUGAAGCUAAAAAUAUAAGUUAAUUGCACUCACAAAACUUUCACAAUGCGACCAGUUUUAGUAGGAAUUUAUUACAAUUUUUUAAGACUAGUCCAUAGUAAGCGUAUUUAAUUGCCUUUUAGCAAUGAAAAAAAAAUAAAUAUAGCCACUAGAUUGUCUAGUGUUUUCUAACGAACAAUAUAAAUAGCUUUGUAAGCUUUGUAGCAGGUUAAAUGUACAUUAUUUACACAUACAUAUUU